AUGGGGUUUGGAGAAGAAGCUUCCUUCUAUUCUUCUGUUAUGGUUGGUGGAGUUCUGGUUUUGUCAGCUCUGUUAUCCAUGGCAGUAGUAGACAGAGUAGGUCGCAGAGCACUACUUAGCAGCGGUGGAGUACUAAUGCUUAUAUGCCAGAUUACAAUCGCCAUAAUCUUGGUGGGAAAAGUUGGAGAUCAACAACAGCUAUCAAGAAGCUUAUCCAUAGCAGUGAUGGCACUCAUUUGCCUCUUUGCUCUAGCUUACGGAUGGUCAUGGGGUCCCAUUGGGUGGACUAUACCAAGUGAGAUAUUCCCUUUGGAAAUCAGAUCAGCUGGACAUAGCAUUACAGUAUCUGAGAACCUUUUGAUGACCUUAAUCGUCUUCGAAUCUUUCCUUCCUCUACCCUGUACCUUAAGAUUCGGACUGUUCAUUUUUUAUGCUGGCUGGAUUGCUGCCAUGACCAUCUUUGUCUUUCUGUUCCUGCCUGAGACCAAAGGUGUGCCUAUUGAAAAGAUGACCGCAGUAUGGAGAAACCACUGA